ACAUCUAAACUCAGCUUUUCCUUAGUCUAGUUUGUUUCGUAAUCGUUGAAAACACGAGAGAUAUGGCCGGUUCUAGUACAGCUCCUCAAAUUAAGAAAAUAAAUGAUAAUGGUAACGGGCUAUUAUUAUACCAGUGUUAUCCUUCCUACUACUGCCAGAAGGUUGUGUUUGCUUUGCAAGAGAAGAAAUUAAAGUACAAAUCAAGAAUCAUAGAUUUAUAUCGAGGGGAACAACUAGAACCUUGGUUUCUAAAAAUUAAUCCCAAAGGAGAAGUUCCAGUACUUCAGGAUGGCGUGAAAAUCAUUCCAGAUUCAAGGAGAAUCAUAGAUUACAUUGAAGAUAAUUUUAGCAAUGGUAAUACACCUCGCCUUAUUCCUGAAAAAGGUAGUGUAAGUUAUCAAACUAUGGAGCGAAUGAGAGAUUUGCUAGAUAAUAUUCCAAUUGGACUUAUAACGUAUGGCUGCCUUUUCAAUACAUCUUUGACUGGCAUAAUAAAAAUGUCUGCUCCAGAAAUAAGAACACGUCAAGGCGCCUAUAAUAUGAUUGAAAAUUUAAUCAAUGAUUACAGUGAAAAAAAUACAGAUUUUAAGGACCUCUAUAGUGCUAAAAAGACUAACUUAGAAAAAAACCGUGCCAAUGCCAUGAAUGUUAGUGAGGUUGAAAAUGGACUAUUAGAUGUUGAAUAUGCUUUGAAAGAAGUGGAAAAAGUUCUCGCUAGUCAUGAGG